AUGCUCCGCACAUCCUUCAUCAAGAGCGCGCGCGCCGUCGCCGCUCCCCGCUACUUCUCUGCCUCCGCUCUGCGCAUGGCCGCGGGCGCAACUGGCUCCGGAGCCUCGAGGGCCACCGGCGCUGCUGGAGGGGACGCCUUCACCAAGCGCGAGGCCGCUGCCGAGGAGCUUUACAUCCGCCAGGAAGAGAAGGCCAAGCUCCUCGCCAUCAAGGAGAAGCUCAAGCAGCAGAGGCAGCACAUCGAGGACCUCGACAAGCACAUCGACGAUGUGAUCAAGGAGGGCGAGGCCUCUGGCCAGGGCGAGCAGAAGUAA